AUGGCUCCCGUCCCGGAAGCCUAUUUCCCGUCCCUGGACAAGUGCUUCUCCGGGGACGUCCAGCUUCUAUCUUGGAGGAGGGCCUUCAUCUAUACCUGUGCCCCCGAUAAUAACGCUGACGACAAUGGCGCGCUAUAUGCGUUUCUGUCCCACCCGGAAAGCACUCGCUUGCUCUCGAAUUGCCUAAGUCCCUUUUCUUCCCCAUCCGCGAAAACAAAGUCAGAUUUCGACUCCAAAACCGCUGCGAUACAUUCAGAAACGACUGCGCAAGCUUCAUAUGACCUGAAAGAAAUCAAAGCCGACGCACUAUGGUUGAGUCAAAAAGCUGGAAUAGAUGAGAUCACCGCUCUGCGAAUCACAGUCUUGGAAUGGCAGGAUCGCCCGGCUGCGCGACUAUUAGGCAGAUUUACCGAAGAGGAGACAACAAGCUUACAGAGCGCUGCCGGAGUUGACAAUUUGCGUGCCUCGCUUGCAUCGCCUGCUUUGAUCGAGGCUCUGCGACAGAAGACUGAUAAUGACUCCGAUUUCACAUCCGAGGAAAACAGGCGACUGAGACUAGGUGAUCUUUAUCUCUCUGAGAGAAGUCACUUGUUGAAGACAGCCCGCAAACUCCUCGCUCUGUCUUUCCAUAACAAUCCUCAAGAUGCAGCCGCUCCUCCCGCUCAGCACGUCAGCGAUCGCAUUGAAUCCUUAAGCAAGCUAGGCACGACUAUCUUCGGCGAGAAGCUUGCUGGCGAUCAAUGGCGUUCUUUUGUGCAGGCCUGUAUCAAGGCAAUUCAGGAUCGACUUGCUGCACUGGAAGGAGACGGGGGCUGGUUGGGGGUUGCUGAGAGCAGCGAGGCAGUGGAGAUUUUGUGGAGGACUGCCCUUGUAGAGGAGGUUUUGCACGUUAUACAAAUGCUGUUCCUUCAGCUCCAGGCGUCUGUGGAGAUUCCUACUGCUGAGCUUCUACUUUCCUGGCUUCGUCUCAUGCUCGACUAUAGUUUUCUCGAAUCAGUUCAAGUGCCCUGCCAGGAUCCAUUAGAAGUGCUGCUUCCGCUGCAGGCUUUUGUCGCAUUAACAACGCUUGCCUUCCUGAGGUUACCUCUCGCUAUCCCUUCAAUAAUCGAUAAGUCUACGCCCCCAACACCAUCUUCCAAGUCGCCUUAUUUCCUUUCUAAGGAUGAAAUCGGCCAAUUGAAUGAAAUAUUUGUGACUGCUGGGUUAGAAUCAAAAACUGCGAAUCCUGCAUCAUUUGCGUGGGGGCUGCUUCUCCAUACAAUGAGAGAACUAGCCCUUAGCGACAAGGAAACACGCGAACUGGAACAAUUUCACAGUGCCGUUGAUUCGUUCCAGUUGAAUACGCCCAAUUCAAAUUCUGGUCGGUCUUCGGAACUUUCAUUGUACGAGGAUCUUCUCGAAUGUGCACGAUCCCCCAAUUGCACAGCUGAUGACUCCAUUGCGCUCCUGACAUCGGAUGCGAUGAAAGAUAUGAUGUUCGAUAUGAUCGUUGCCCUGGCCACUAAGGUUGGCUCAAGGUCAGCAGUCGAUGAUAUUCUAACGGAACGAUGGAUCCGGGUGGUGCUCUUGGACCUGAUUCACGUCGUGAUGAUCUACAUGGAUUACUCUUCUGAGAUCGUUAGCUCGGUUCUUGUAAUUCUCACUGGGCCCUCGGCAGAUAUUCCACAGUCUUCUCAAUCUAUUUCAGUUGCCAGCGAUCCGCGAUGGAUCUUUACGAAAGAUCGUUUGCUCAUGGAGAAGAUCUUCCGGCUCGCACGCUCGCGGUUCCCUUACGAGACUGUACCUUUUUUAAAGCUAUGCCGAGCACUCCUGAGCGCGGAUAUCGCCAACGAGGAAGGCUUGCCAGAGAUUCUUGAUGAGUUGGAAAGCAUGGACACUUUUACGCAAGUGGUGCCACUCGAAUUCCAGGGUUAUGAGACGAUUCGUGAAGAAGAGAAUGCCAACCUGGUGACUCUUGUCCAGUCGCUCCCUAUGUUCGAUUCGUCAUCACCAAGGCUAAUCGCGGAUCAUGAAGCCAACAACGCCUUGAUCGUCACAACCUCGUCACAGGUUCCUCCAUCUACAAUGGGUCAAGUGAUAUCUGAUUCAAAGCCAGCAGUGAUCAUGUGGUAUCAUCAAUAUUCCUGCCUAAGCUAUCUUGGAAGUUUCCUGGAGGAAUGGAAUGAGACCGGUGGAUACUCGGCCGCAAUAGAUGAAGAGUCUAUUGCAGAGAUUAUUGGGUUGUUAGCGGAUUUGCUUGUUGCUACAGGGGGGAUCCAGACACCAAACGACGUUGGAUCAGGCGCAAACCGUAUUUUGGAACUUGCAAGCGAUGGACUAGCUCGCGAAAGUGAUAUCAUCUCUUUGAUUUUUGAAAUCUUCGAGCGCAACCUGCACAAUAUCGGCCCGAAGGCGGGCUCGGAAAGCAAGCUAGAUUCGACAAUUUCCUGUCUGCGCUUCAUUCGCUCGCUUAUCAAGGUCUUACCGGGUAGAGUGUGGCCUUUGCUUGCACGAAGCAGCCUACUCGGACCAGACGGCAAGGGUGGUAUUAUGACCGCAAUUGUUUCGGCAAUCGAGGUUACUUCUGGGGACUACCCCUUUCUCUUUGAGUGUAUCCGAUUUUUCGAGACUAUCGUCGACGAUGCCGCAUCUCGGGCCUUGUUGAGGAAGUAUCCGAGUAAUCUGACAGGGAAAACAGCUGUGGCUUCCGAUUGGACGUCUGGCGUCCCUUCUCACAUCAUGAGAAGCAUUCUGUUGAACUUCACACGAACAGUGGUUGAAGUGUUCAACAGUAACGCUGACUGGCGUUUCAAUGCUCCCGAGCAAAGAUUGGAGAUCAACGCGACUCUAGCCACGACCUUCGAGAGAAUUCUGUACUAUACCUAUGCGACAAAUGAUGCUAGCAAGUUGGAUACAAAAGUGACUGGUGUUUUCUCUUCAUCGGCAACAUACUUGAUGGACGUCCUACGGCCACAGUCCAAGGCAGAUCUGCCCUUCAAUCCUAUUCUCCGACUGCUUGUUGAUGGUCUUCAAACGCCGGCUACUCUAUAUCUUCGCUACCUGUAUCUGAUGGAGAAGCAGGUCAGGUCGACGCUCAACCUUACAACCAGACUUCUGCAGGCCGCACGGCUUUUGGAACAGCCAGCUUCGCUACUCGAGGACCAGCUAUUCAAAGCCACCCCAGUCCUCGUUAAGCUAUAUUCCUUGGACGAUGCCUACCGAUCACCAGUCAUCUCACUUCUGGAGAUCCUUAUAAGCGGUGCAGCUCUUGACUCGGCUAAUGAACCCCCUUCCUUGGUUGGCCACCUAGGAGCAGACUCCUCCUGUCUCUUCCUGGACGUUUUAUCGCAGUUUGAUAAGCCAUCAAAUGACCGGAGAUUACACUUGGCUGCAUGGCAUCUUCUGUCUACUAUUGUCAGUAAGCGUCAGCAGUGGCUUGCGGUCUAUAUCCUCACUGGAUGUUCUCCGCGACAAUCGCUGAAGAAGACUGGCACCAAAGACGGACCAGCCAUGAGAGGAACUCCAUUCUUGCAGCUUGCGCUCGGCGCAUUGUCAAACAUCGAGCAAAUGGAUCUUCACGUAGCUCUUUCCUUACUUGAAUUUGUUUCCUGCGCGCAAGAGAAUUGGCCAUGGGCGACGCCAGAGUUGCGAAAGCAUCCGCAGUUCUUCAACAGUCUUGUCAACUAUGUUUCCAAGUUGAAGAUCUCAUCUCUACCCGUCCAGGAUCAGAUCUUCGCCACACGAUUUGCUGCCGUUGUCGCUGAUCUCUGCGCUGUAUAUCUUCAUUCAGCCAAAGAGACGCAGGAUCGGUCAUUUUACAAGACAUUGAUUCCCCUCGUGUCGUGGUUUGCAAAAGAUGCGGUUGAUGUUUCUGGAUACAAUGCGUCAUUGCAUUCCAAUCUGAAAAGAAACUUUGAGAUGAGAUAUCCAGGCUGCAAGCUCGCAGAGUUCAAGAGAACGUCGUUGCAGCCUCGUUGUCUAGGGCGCGACUACUAUUAUGAUAUCCAACUCGGCGAGAAACUUCUCUCUUAUGACUUUGCCUGGUCUGGAUCUCGGAAUCAGGGAUUUGCCGAGGAGUUUGAGCGAGCCAACAUCAAUUUGUCGUUGGUCGAGGCGCAAGUGAGUCUACUUCACAGCUGGAAAUUCUUUGCAACCGAACACUGCGCAGACUUCAUCGCUGAUCGCGAAGUUCAAAAGUCGAUGGCCCUGGUCGUACAGAGCUGUCUCGAGGCUAAUAUCAAUGGCGUUCCGCAAGAAGUGAUUUUCGAAAAAAUACAACAGACGCGGGUAGACUUCGCGCAGGCCCUGCUUCAGCGACUUGUUGAGGCUGAGGCCAAAGGUGCCGAGGUUUUCGGCUUGCUCAAAGUCGCUUGGGAUGCUUUACGCACUCGCCGCACAACGUACGAGGAAGCAUUGGCGAAUGAUGAUACUGAGUACUAUCGCUCGCUCCUUAACGUCCUCUUCCUUGCGCUUCAGUUCCACUUGGACGGGCCCUCGCGAACGGCGCCUGAGGCCCUCAGCAAAAAAGCAGAGUUUCCUUCGGACUUGACUUUGGUUGUUGAGAUCGUGAAGACGGUUGUUGCGCAGGGUUUCCGUUCACUGACGACAUACCUGCAUGACCAGCCGGACAAAUGUGCGCCAAAGGAUUUUGCCAUCCUAACCGCGAUCCUGCAGACAUCUCUUCAGAUCAAGCAUGCGGACCGCUUAUACGAACAUAUCGUUUAUUUCAUUGAGGACAAUGAUACGGCCCGACAUGCCAUGUCGUUGUUUUCGUGGUCAGAUCAACUCGCCGUGGCGGGGGAUCCGGUAUAUGGAGAGCUCAGCAUUCUGUUCCUUGUCAAAUUGUCCACAUUACCAAUGCUGGCCGAACAUCUGGCGGUCGAGGCGGUUCUGACAAGGCUUUCCACAUGCCGUCUAACAAACUAUCUUCGCCAACCCAGAGGAUUCGGGCCUUUCGACCAAGUGCCGAGAAUCUACGCUAUUUGGACCACUGGUUUCCUCCCUCUGUGUCUGAAUUUGCUCUACCACGUUCUUCGCACCGCACCCGAGGUAGCCGCAUUUCUCAACCAAUUCGAAGGGCAACUCAAGCGCGCGUCCGAGUCUUUCAUUGCUAGCCGCUCGGCCGUCACCGCCGACUCGCCAGCUCGGCGCAUCAGCCUGAGCAUGGCCUCGGAAGCAUACUCUCUCGCCCUGAUCUCGUUCAUUCUGAAUCGCUUCCGUGAAGCGGGGGCUAGCGCUGGAGUUGAUGCACAGUCGAUCCAGGAGCUCAAGUGGGACAAGUCUCAAGUCAAAGAAGACAUCGAGGAGCUCUUAGAACGCCGUCAAACCCUUCGUGCGCGUAUUGUCGCCACGAACGAGAAGGAGGUGGAACUGGCACGACAAAAACCGCUGAACCCUGCGUCCGGGGCAGAGAACCGACUGGAGGAAAAGGUUGUGAGCGAGCUCAAGGCGACCCUGGUCUGUCUUGGAGGCGAGGAGGCGUAA